AUGAUCAAGGCUGCUGGUAGAAGCAUCAGCUUGAAUACUUUUCGAAGCUAUCCUGCAUGGUACACUAGGCCAUUUUCAAGCUCAAGCUCAAGUCUAUCUAAAGAACAGAUAUUUCUUUUAAAUCGAACUAUAAAUGCCCCAGUCAGCGAGGUAUACAAUGUUGUUUCUGAAAUCUCUCAGUAUAAGGAGUUCAUGAAGUACUGCACCGAAUCGUUCGUGGAUAAGAGAGACCCCAAUACCGGAAAGCCACUAGAGGCUGGUUUGAGAGUUGGAUUUCAGCAGUAUGAUGAAACCUUUGUGUGUCAAAUCAGAUGUGAGCGUGAUUCUAGAGACCGUUGUGUAGUUAUUGCAGACUCAGUAACACACAGUUUGUUCGAUGCUUUACAAACAAAAUGGAUAAUCAAUCCUCAUCCAUCGAGAUCCGGCGCUACUGAGGCCGAGCUACAUUUGAAAUUCAAAUUCAAAUUUAGUCUCUAUAAUAACAUUGCCUCAAUCUUUGGUAAAAGCGUCACAGAGCUUGUCAUGAAGUCUUUUGAAAGGCGCAUAUUCACCUUGAUGCGUCAAGCUUCGAAGACCAAACCUGCAGGCACUUCACGAGAUGUCAUAUAA